AUGCGCGCCGCUUUCUUCUCCGUCGCCGCCCUUGCGGUCAUCCUCCCUGCUCUUGGUGCCCCCGCCAAUAUCCCCAUCGGCAAGCAUGCUGGUCCGGUCAAGGCUAACUCGUACAUCAUCAAACUCAAGGAUGGUGUUUCCAAGGACGCUCACUUGAAUGCGCUCCUCUCGGCUUCGACUGCGGGCUCUAGCAUCGAGUACAAGUAUGAGCAGGUCUUCCAAGGCUAUGCUGCCACACUCAAGGGCAAGGACCUCGACUAUGUCCGUCAAUCCAAGGACGUCGAGUACAUCCUCGAGGAUGGUAUUUUCACCAUCCAAUACGAACAAGGUGACGAGGCUGAAGCCUUGAAGCGCAUGGCUGCUGAAGCCGAGACCGCCGUUGUCCCCGAGAAGUUGAGCAAGCGUGCCAACGGCUCCGGCGUAGUUGUCUACGGUAUCGACACCGGUAUCUAUACCGCUCACUCUACCUUUGGAGGACGGGCGUCCUGGGGUGCCACCUUUGGCGGUUAUGCCAAUGCCGAUGGAAAUGGCCACGGAACACACACCGCCGGCACUGCUGUUGGUACCACCUAUGGUGUCGCUACCUCGGCUAAGAUCGUUGCUAUCAAGGUCCUCUCGGAUGCUGGCUCUGGCGCCUACUCCGAUAUCAUUGCCGGAGUCAACUGGGUCGUCUCCAACAAGGGCUCCAGCCCUGCAGUCGCCACCAUGUCCCUCGGCGGAUCGGCUAACUCCGCUCUCGACUCGGCAAUCAGCAGUGCGAUUGGCAAAGGUGUUCACUUCUCUAUUGCCGCUGGUAACAGCAAUGUCGACGCUGCCAACACCUCCCCUGCCCGUGUUGCUGCAGCCAACACCGUCGGUGCUGUUGACUCGAGCAACCGCAAGGCGUCGUUCUCCAACUACGGUUCCGUUCUUGACGUCUGGGCUCUCGGUGUCAACGUCUUGAGCGCCUGGAUCGGCAGCACUACUGCGACCAACACUAUCUCUGGUACAUCCAUGGCCACUCCUCGCGUCGCUGGCUAUCUUGCCGUUGCUCUCGGUGACUAUGGCAGUGUUACCCCCGCCAGUCUUAGCGCAAGCCUCAAAUCCCAUGCCAUUGCAGCUGUCACCGGCGCACCUUCCGGAACUACCAACUUGUUGGCUCAGCGCUGGUAA